ACAUUGGUCCGUCCUUUUUCUCGAAAGAAUUAUUAAUAAACGCAGAGGUAGACAGACACACACACAAACAAAUCUAAGAAAAAUGGCAAACAGUGGUGAAGGUAAAGUGGUGUGUGUAACAGGAGCAUCUGGUUACAUCGCUUCUUGGCUCGUCAAGUCCCUCCUUAGCCGUGGCUACACCGUUAAGGCAUCCGUCCGUGACCCCAGUGAUCCGAAAAAAACACAACACUUGCUUUCCUUGGAUGGUGCAAAGGAAAGACUUCACUUGUUCAAAGCAGACCUUUUGGAAGAAGGAUCUUUCGACUCAGCGAUUGAUGGAUGUGAAGGAGUUUUCCACACUGCUUCCCCGUUUUAUCAUGAUGUCAAAGACCCACAGGCUGAACUUAUUGAUCCUGCUGUUAAGGGAACACUUAACGUUUUGAAUUCGUGCACCAAAGCAUCUUCUGUCAAAAGGGUUGUUGUUACCUCCUCCAUGGCAGCCGUUGCUUACAAUGGUAAACCACUCACACCUGAUGUAACCGUCGACGAGACUUGGUUCUCUGAUCCAGAGGUUUGCAAGACUUCAAAGAUGUGGUAUGUUCUCUCCAAGACCUUGGCGGAAGAUGCUGCUUGGAAGUUCGCUAAAGAGAAAGGCUUGGACAUUGUUACGAUCAACCCAGCAAUGGUGAUUGGCCCUCUCCUACAGCCAACUCUCAACACAAGUGCUGCUGCUAUACUAAACUUUAUUAAUGGUGCAAAGACAUUCUCUAACUCAACUUUUGGAUGGGUUAGCGUAAAGGACGUAGCCAAUGCGCACAUCCAAGCAUAUGAGAUCCCUUCAGCUAAUGGACGUUAUUGUAUGGUCGAGAGAGUCCUUCACCACUCUGAGAUUGUGAACAUUCUGCGUCAGCUUUACCCAAAUCUCCAACUCCCUGAAAGUUGUGCCGAUGAGAAUCCAUAUGUUCCGACGUAUCAAGUGUCCAAGGAGAAAAUAAAGAGCCUUGGGAUAGACUACAUACCCUUGGAAGUUAGCAUUAAGGAGACCGUCGAGUCCUUGAAGGAGAAAGGUUUCAUAAACUUCUGAGCAAGCAUUUGAGCCAACCGGUUUCAAACAAAUAAGGAAAAAAUACUUGGAACAUGUCAUUUCAUAUGUUAUCGUCGUACUUUGUUGUUGCCUUGUUGGUUCCAUCAAAACUUAAAAUGAAUUAAGCAAUAAUUAUUGUGAUCUUCUGACACUUCUAUCAGUUUAUGACAAGAGCUUUCAUC